UUUCCCAAAUUUCUCUCGAUUUCCCUUUUAUUUAAACCUAGUUCUUCAUUUGUACACCAAAUUCUUGCAGAUUGGAGAUUAAUUUUUGCGAUUUUCUUCACAAAUCAGUAUUUUUAGGCAACCUUAACAAUCCCAAACCCUCUAAUUAUCAAACAAUCAAUUGAACUCCUCGACAACAAGCAUCAAAAAGAAGGGAAUGUCUUCAGUUAGCAUGUCACCCUCAAAGGAGAAAAAAUGCCAAUGUGGAGUUCCAAUGUCUAGGCUGACUGCUUGGACUAGGGAGAACCCUGGACACAAGUUUAGGACCUGCAAAUUCUAUGAUCUUGUGACUGAGUCAAGGGGGUGUAAAGCUUUUGAGUGGGUGGAUCAACCAGAUGGAACACCUUGGCAAACAGAGGUGAUUAACAACUUGCUGCUGGACAAGAAACUAAUGAAGGGAGAGCUGAAUGACAUGAAGAGGGAAGUUGAUGAUGUUAGUGGACAAAGGAGGUGCUUGCUCAAUGAGAUUGACAGCUUGAAGAUGAAAUGCAAAGCUCUUAGCUCAGACAGGAAGAAGAUGAUCAAGGAAGUGCAUGGCAGCAAUGCAACAACAAAGAAAAUGCUCACAAUACAUGCUAUUGUUGUGUUUUGUUGUUUUGGUUUGGUACUGGCUAUGUAUUUUAGAUCUUAGGUUCAUUUAGGAAUGCUUAGAAACAAAAAAAAUCCCCACCUUAUGUUGUGUUUUGUUGAAUUAUUAUGUGUGGAUGUUGGGAUGACAUUUCUUGUACUACUUUUAACUAAAUCAAUGAGAAAUGGAACUUUUUGGUAGAAACAUAUCACAUUUCGUAUUAGUACUUGCAACACAAUGUUUUUAAUUGUUUUACAUUGGCUGAGACAAAAGUUAAGGCACCUUUGUGCAAAAUCAU